AAAUAUCUCUCAUUGUUCUGUGGUUCAAGCGUUGUUGUAUUUAUUUCAAGACGGACAUUAUCAACACCAACAUUACAUUAGAUUACAAUUUAGUAAACAUAGUGUUAAUUUACGUUAUAGCAAACAUAAUCGAAAUGGAAAUGUGAAUACUGAUUUGAUAUGUGCACAAAUUCGUCUUGUUCCAAGCGUUUGGCAAGGAUGCAGGAUCUUCAAGACCUUGACAAUGAAACAUGUUGGCUUGUCAAAGAGCUAAAGUCAUACAUUGCUCAAGAAGCAGACUUUUUACCAAGGGAAACUGGCCUCAAUAUAAUGGAGUCUGCAGCAGAGAAUCACGAUGGAGUCUCUGCAAAAUGCAGAAAUGCCAAAGUUGAAGACCUGUGGAGCCUGGCCAGUUUCUUUGGUUUCAGCACCCAGACAUUUGUCCUAGCUGUCAAUCUACUGGAUAGGUUCUUAGCCAUUAUGAAGGUCCAAACUAAGCAUGUGCCCUGCAUUGGAGUCUCCUGUCUCCAUAUUGCUGCCAAAAUGGUUGAGGACGAGUGCAACAUCUCACCCACCCAUGAACUCAUCCGCAUCAGCCAAAGCAAGUUCACUGUGUCUGACCUCAGCCGAAUGGAGAAGAUCAUCUCUGAAAAACUCAACUUGGAGCUCAAAGCCAUCACAGCCUUAACUUUUUUACACUUAUACCAUGCUGUCAUUGUAUCACUUACAUCAGAAAGGGGGGAGAUCCCAAGCAUUGAAAGACUGGAAGCCCAGCUAAAAGCCUGCUUAUGCCAGCUUAUUUUCUCUAAAGCAAAACCAUCGGUGCUGGCACUGUCUGUCAUUACUCAGGAAUUUGAUGCCCUCCAGUCUCUUGCCAUGUUGGAAAUUGUCCAAGAACUCCAAAGGCAGUUAAAGAUUGUUGACAGUGAGUUACUCUACUGGAGGGGACUCGUGGCCAAAUGCAUGACUGAGUACAGCUCAAGUGAAUGUAACAAACCAGACAACAAAAAACUGGUGUGGAUCGUGUCCAGACGAACCGCCCAAAAUUUGCACGCUAAUCACUUCAGUGUCCCUGAACUGCCGACUAUUCCAGAGGGCAGCUGGGAUGAAAGUGAGAGUGAGGAUUCCUGUGAGGAUAUGAGCUGUGAAGAGGACAGCCUGUGCGGCUCUCCUGGCAGUGAUGCAGAGGGAGCCUUCUUCCCCUCAGAGUUUUGCAACCAGGGCAGAAAAUGAUACUCCUCUCUUUUUGAUGAGCUUAAAUUCUCGAUAGGGAUUGUAUGUGUAACCAGGGUGCUAACUGUAACUUUUCCCUAAAUGUAACUUUCCUUGUUGUUCGUAAAACAUUUAUGUUAAUUACUAUACAGUAUGUGUGGCAGAUGGGUAUCUAACUCAAGCUGCCUGCGCGACUUGUUAGACCUCUGAGCUAAAGCCUCGGUGUGGAAGCUAACAAAUCUUCCGGUCCAAAGUAAGUUUACUGAUCAUGGGAGCGUAUUCAACAAACCACCUCUGCUACAUACGUAUGUAUUCUGGAAAUACUGAAUGACAGGUCCUACCAAGUGCCUGUGUUAAUCCAUGUGCAGUUUUAAAAAUGUUGUUAUGAUCUUAUGAUUUUAGAUAGAUCUUAGUGGAAUUUAAAUUGCAAUAUCUUGGCAGCUGACUGGCAAUAAGAUCUUAAAAUGCCUUUUUAAAUAUGUUCCUGGUGUCAAUCUAUGUCAAAACUUGACACAUUCCAGUUGUCAUUAAAGGGAUUGUUCAUCCAAAUUUAAAAUGAGACAUAUGUUUCCUUACCUGUCGUGUAAUAAGCAGUCUAUGCACAAGGUAUGACAGCAAUCCAUGCUUUGGUUUAGUUUCCCUGGCACUGUUUCCACAUGCUAACAUUUUAGCAUUUGUGGCACAAAUCCCAUUCAAGUCAUUGGUAUUAGCUGUUUUUGCACAUCUACACCAAAUCAUACAAAAGUAUCUCAAAUUGAUUAUGAAGCUCAACAAAGUCACUUCUAGAUGUUUUGAACAUUUUGAAUGAAAAAUACAACAUUAGAUUUGUUCCACAAAUGCUAAAACAUUACCAUGUGCUAGGGAUGCUAAACCAAAUAAUGGAUUGCUGUCAAACCUUGUCCAUAGACAGGGUAAGGAAACCAAUACAGUAUGUAAUUUGGGUGUACUAUCCCUUUAAGCACAAUGGCAAAAUUAUUUUCUACCUAGGAUGUCCGUCCCGCACACUAACUGUUCAAUCAAUGGGAAAUACCCAACAUCCCAACAUCGGUACAUUGUGCAAGUUUUACCGGUUUUAUAGAAUAGUAUUAAUGUAGUAGUUGCCAAUUCACCAUGUUAUUGUAAUGUGUUUGUGAGAUUAUAUGCAGGAUGAUACUGUAUUAUAUUAAUGGUGGCUUGUAUGGAAGUAUGUCAAUGGGAUUCUGUUAGAGAAUGAUGGUGAUUGUUGAUUCAGUACACGUGCAAAAUAUUUAUAUGUAAAUGAAUAAAACAUUUACAUAACUUGUAUAAGAAAUUAUUUUUAAAAAGUGAAUGUGUUAUCAUUCUUUGUGAAUAAGCCAUUUUAUGUUACUGUAUGUAUGUUACAUGUUGCUAUAAACAAACCAUGUUUGCUUGGAAAAAAGAACCCUGCAAAUAAAAGGAUUACAAUUUUUAAA